UUGUUAUUAUCAUGGAAGAAAUUUGCAGAACGUGUCUACGUACUCACGAUUAUUUAUUAGAUUUGUAUAAAAAUCAGGAGUUAAUUUUUAAGAUUGAGUCGAUUGUUUCUAUAGAGAUAUUACAGGACCCUUUCUUUCCCUCAAAAAUAUGCAAGAAAUGUGUGAUAAACAUUAACAACUUCUUCAACUUUAAAGAAGUGUUAAUAAACAGUUUUAAAGAGCUAAAUGAUCGAUAUGAAGCACAUCAAAAAACAAAAGCUAGGGAAAAAGAGGUUAAAGAAGAAAACAAGACAAAUAUUAUUAAAGCAGAGCCUAUACUAAUGCCAGAUUACACUAUAAGUAGUGAGGAUUUUAAACAGGAAAAUAGUGCAAUUUUAGAUCAUAUGGAUUACAGUGCAUCAUCGCCUGAAAACACAGAAAUUGAGCAUAAAAAGAAGAAAUCAUUUGACUGUAACGAGUGUCAAAGAACGUUUAUAUCAAAAUACAAAUAUCAGACUCACAUAAGGGGACAUACAAGUAAAGGGGUUUGUAAUAUAUGUGGUAUGGUUGUAAGAAGUGAUAAUUUACGGCGACAUAUUCAACUACAUUCUGAAGAACCAAUAGAAUGUGAUAUAUGCUCAAAAAUGUUUAAAAAUUCCGAAUCGUUAAGAAGUCAUAAAAGAAUACAUUUAGGGAUUAUUUUUACAUGCGAGAUUUGUGGAAAGUGUUUUAAGGUUAAAACUGAGUAUUCAAGACAUGUAAAAACUCACACUGAUCCCGAAAUUGGCAAAGCAAUGUGCUCGAUUUGCGGGAAAAAAGUAAAGGAUAUGAGAAAACAUAAGUUAAGUCAUACUGGCGAACGUCCAUACAAAUGUGAAGUUUGUACAAAAGGAUUUACAAGUCCUUACGCCCUAAAAAUCCACCUAAGGCAACACACGAACGAAAAACCUUUUAUAUGCGAGUAUUGCCCAAUGGCGUUUCCACAAAAAGUUUCUUUAGUAACGCAUAUAAAAUCAAAACACACAAAACUCGUUGAAUAGUUUUAUUUUAGUU